AUGUCAAAACCACUCAUCGUAGACGUGCAUACCCAUGUAUACCCCCCGGCAUACAUGGCGAUGUUGCGCAGCCGUAAAACGGUGCCCUAUGUCCACGACCCAUCCGACAAUACACCACCCCGUCUAAUCAUCCUAUCAUCCGACGAUGAUCCCUCCAUUCCCCUCGACCAAAGAGGGCGUCCCGUAGACUCAUCCUAUUCCGACAUCAGAGUGAAACUGUCGUUCAUGAAGAAACACGGAAUUAACUGCAGCGUGAUCUCGCUCGCGAACCCAUGGCUGGAUUUCCUUCCCAGCGCAGACGCCCCAGGCUGGGCCGAGAAAAUCAACGACGACAUCGAGGCCACCUGCGCGAAAGUGAACGCCGACGCGGACCCGAACGGCGUAAAGGCCUUAUCGGAGAAAUACACUCUUUUCGCGUUCGGCGCGUUGCCGCUCAGCGCCUCCGAUCCGGCUGUUAUUGUGAACGAGAUCAAACGAUUGGCAACUCUCCCGCAUAUCCGUGGUGUGAUCAUGGGGACUGGAGGGCUGGGGGCGGGGCUUGAUGAUCCCCGGCUGGAUCCCAUUUGGGGGGGCUCUGGAAGAGACGAGGCUGCGACGGGGCGUUAUGGGCAUGUUCUCCCGCUUGCCCUGGGAUUCCCUCUGGAGACGACCAUUGCGGUGACGCGGAUGCUGCUGAGUGGGGUUUUUGAUCGGUUUUCAGGGUUGCAGGUUCUCCUGGCUCAUUCGGGAGGGACGCUGCCCUUUCUUGCUGGGCGGAUUGAGAGCUGUAUUUUGCAUGAGCGGAAGUUUGCGGCGAAUGGUGGGGAGGUGCAGGGGCCGAGGCGGAGUAUAUGGGAUGUUCUGCAGACGAAUAUCUAUCUGGACUCGGUGGUGUACUCGGCGGCAGGGCUGAAGGCUGCGGCUGCGGCGGGGAGUGCUGAUCGUUUGAUGUUUGGGACUGAUCACCCAUUUUUCCCGCCUUUGGACGACGUUGAUGGGGAGUGGCCGAGUGUUACUACGAAUUACCAGGCGAUUGAUGAUUUCCAGGGCGAGAACAAGGACGGACAAGAGGCAAUAUUAGGAGGGAAUGCGGCUCGGAUCCUUAAUCUGAAGUAA